CGAACUCAACCUAUCCUCCGUACGCUGUGCUCACGCGCCAUUCCGCCCUGCUUAUCUCGCUGUAGACGACCAUUUGACAUCAAGAAAGGCCUCCUGCGAGUAAAAAGCCAGCACGUCCUGUUGGCAUUCCAUAAUUCGUCGGCGCUGAAAGCUCACAAUGGAGUCCGAACCCCUCGAUCUCUCCGCCAGCGAGAGAGCACAGACUACCCCUCAGCCAUCCCCUCCAUCGGAACAACCUGCUACGGCAACCUCUGCUCCUGCUCCCGAGCCAGUCCAGGAUCCCUCGCAGCCUCAGCAAACGGGAUCACAGGUCCAGGAGUCCGCGGAUGCAUCCAUGGCGCAGCUGCCUUCAGCCCCUUCGCAACCCCUGCAAUCAUUGUCCCCCGUACCCGCGAUGUCGGCGCCCCCUCCAUCUGGGCCUUCGGGCCCGCCCCCUCAUCUUGGACCUCCUUCGGGGGUCCCUCAACAAAUGCCACCCCCACCGCUGCCGCAGCUGUUUGGACCCCCCGGCGCACCAGGGCCUACCCAUUUCACUCAGAUGCCGUAUCCCAUGCCACAGGCUCUGCCACAGACGGCAAAUCCUAGCCCGCCUGUCGCGCCUAUAACCACAACUCGCUACCGGGAAGGAGCGGGUCCCGUCGAUCAUCAACCUCACCCUGACUGUCCUGACACGCUCGCUUGCCUGCCCGACACGGAUGGACGGCCUCAGCAUACUCUACCAGUGAUCCUGCGCUGCGCAAUCUUGGGCAGUCCUCAAAAGCGUCUAACGAUUCGUGGUAUCUACGCGGCAAUGGAGGAAAAGUAUGUAUACUUCCAGACCGCUGGUCAAACGUGGAAGCAAUCGGUCCGGCACCAUCUCUCCCUCAACCGACUAUUCGAGCGUGUUCCCCGUGCUCCAAACGACCCAGGCUUUGGCUCGUACUGGACAGUGAAUCUGGCUGCGCCUCCCGGAACCAAGCGGCCACGCAAGCGCGGGAAGCCAGGCGCUGCUAAGGCGAAGGGCAAGUCCACCGAGACCGACAUGGACACUGAGAUGGGUGGCAGCGCAGACGGCACGGCAAAAAACGGGGACAGUGCAGAUGCCGACGGCGACGGUGAUGGCGACGCAAUUGGUGAGAAGGACGAAGAACACCCUGGUGAUCCCGACUUCGAGAGCGAAGAAGACACGCGCAAGGACGCGAAAGAAGACGCUGCGGACGACAAAAAGACCAACGGUGGCCCGGCGCGCCGUACGCGAACGCGAACGCGCCAGAGUGCACGACAGCCAUAUCCGAAUGGGACCAAAGCCGCUGCUGCGGUCUCGGCCCCACCGGCUCCCUCCACGACAGAAGGCGGAGAACCGGUCGAUGGCACCGUCGUCGAUAGGCUCCAGAUUGAACUCGCUGCUCUGCGACGUCAGUCGGCGGAGACGAUUACCCGCCUUUCCGAACAGCUCACGCAGGCGCAGGCCGAUGCCACUCGCACUCGGGAUGCUUUGAAUUCGACACAAGCGGCGCUAGAGGAGGAGUCGCGCAAAAGGAAGGAUGCCGAGCGUGUGGUCGAAGGGCUGCGUCGCGCAGGACUGUUGCAGGGCUUUCAACCAGUAAACGCACCACUGAACUUGGGCCCUGUGCCGCCACCGCACUCCCUCCCACACAUGCCAGGCGGUCCGAUGCCCAUGCCUCCCAUGUCAGGUCCUCCCAUGUCCGGACCGCCUCCUCAAGGACCUCCGCGAUUCCAAUGA